CAAGCAUUGUUGCUCUUUCAGGGUGCAUCCCCUCUGACCGCAGAACACGCAGCACGGCAGGGACGAAGGGCAGGGGAAGGGGAAGCCGGGGGAAAGGAAAGGGCAAGGGCAAGGAACGAGCGAGUCGUUCGGGUUCCCCAUCCGGUUCUGUGUCUACUCCAGCUUCUGCGCAAGACCAUCCCGCAGGUCCAUCUUCGGCCUCGGGACCGUCUCGUGCCAUGUCACAACGGAACAGGAGUGGCCGCGGCUCCAACCGGAACAACGGGGGCGGCCAUGGCGAGGAGAUGCAGCUAUGGGAAAUGAUCAAGGGGCAGAUUCACGAGGUGGUCAACGGCAUCAACGCGGAUAACGACAAUCUGCGUGAGCUCCUCAAGUGCGAUAAGAAGGCUGCCGUUGCCUCCAAAGACGGCCCGGGCCCGUCUGCCAACGACCUGAGCAAAAUGGAGCAGCUGUGCCGCGCCGGCGUGAAGCUGUCGGAGACCAACUCUAACACGAUCCGGGCCGCCAUUGAACAGCUGACCCUGCUCAAGGCGGUCCAGCAGGCGAACCAUAAGGAGGCCGAAGCCCUCGCUGCGCCGACCACAACUUCCCGCAGCGGCGGAUCCCGGGUCCGCGAAACCGCAGCGGCGUCUGCUGCGGCGGCGGCCGCUUCGCUUUACGAUUUCGAUGGCGGGGGCGACUCGCCGGUUCCCAGUCCGAUGGGCGGAUCGGUUCGCGGGAAACACGGGGACCGAGGUAGCAACCGCGACAGCAUCCCUCCCAAGGCCGACAGCGUCGAGCCGCAGGGAUCCACAGGCAGCGGGACGGCCGGAUCGUCCUCCGGAGCCCUCGGACAGGGUGCGGCAGCUGGCACGGGGGGGGCGGCCGGAGCAUUGGGGGCGCCGCGCGGCAAGAUCUCCUUCUCAAAGGGCGACAAGGUGGCUUUCAAGCGGAAGAAGGAAGAGCCACAGCAGGGAGAGGCGCCGUACGACUGGAUCCUGGGCGAAGUAGUAGGGGUGAUCGGAGAAGGGAAAAGCCGACGUUACAAGUGUCUGGAUGUGGAGCCGGAGGACCCCAGCAAACAUAAGGAAUUCAAGACGUUCGCGUCCAACAUGAUCCCGAUCCCUCCCGAAGGCCAAACGGACUUGCCCGCGCCGGAACCAGGGCAGAUGGUGCUAGCACUGUACCCGCAGACCACGGCCUUCUACGCCGCGGAUGUUGUUGGGACCGAACCGGACGGGGUCACGGUUAACCUCAAGUUCCACGGAGAGAACGAUUCGUCAACGACACAUCAGGUUGAGCGACGGUAUGUCUUGGAGUAUCGGCCUUAGGGGCCCGAAAUUUAGCCAUGUUUCCUUUUCUUUUACUGCCUACCUUUUUUUAGGUCGUUUGGUUUCCGGUUUCGAUGUUUAGGCUUCUGGGAGAAGUGGACGGAGUGGCGUAUGCGUAUUCGUUCGGACCAGACACACCAGCCGAUUGACGCAUUACCGGUACCUUACCUACUACCUUAUAGUAACAGUGUCACCUUAUUCGUCCGUUGAGUUCCGAUGCUGAACUUCUAAAUGGAUUAGUAAUUCACACUCAUAAGAGC